CAUACUGGAACCCUAGCUCAUCCAGGGAUUUGAUCCAAGUGAAAAGAGAAAAGCAAAAUGAGCCCCCACUCUCUACAGACUAUUGUAAAAGUACACCUGGGACAGUCAACACCUUAUGGUAUGGGGACGGGCCAUGCACCAUGUUUGCCUGCAACCCCUUAAACAUUACCUUUACUAAGGCAGGCAGAACAUCAAAAGAUUGGUUACAAGGGAAGCUAUGGGGACUACGGGUAUAUCAUCAGACUGCAUAUGACCCGGGGGUCCUAUUCAAAAUCAGGUUAACUAUAAAAGUUGACCCCCAGCCGAUAGGCCCUAACAAGAUACUCCAAGACCAAAAGGCUCCUCCUCCAAAAAAAAAAAUAUAAACAGGCACCCUCAAGACCAACGUCCCCAUCUAAUACCAUCCGUCCAACCCCCUCCACUCCUCCGACCAUGGCAGUUGUCACUAAUCCUACUUUACCAGGGUCAGGAGAAAGACUAAUGGACCUAGUUGAAGGGGGAUACCAAGCCCUCAAUUCCACCCAGCCCAAUCUCACUGAGUCCUGCUGGAUUUGCCUCCAGGCAAGCCCCCCCUACUAUGAAGGAGUAGCUAUUAAUGGGAAUUUCACCUAUGGCACCUCCACCAGCUGCAACUGGGAAACAAGACACAGGUUGACACUGCCUGAAGUAACCGGUUCAGGAACAUGCAUAGGAGGCUCCUCUAUGUUAAAAGAGCUCUGUGCAUGUACUGCAACCGUGUCAUCCUCUGACACAUCCAGCUACUUAGUGCCUCCAACAGGACUCUACUGGGCAUGUAACACUGGGAUUACACCCUGUGUUGCGAUAGCCAAUUUCAACCAGUCUAAAGAUUUUUGUGUGUUAGUCCAGAUCUAUCCACGGCUACUCUAUUAUUCCACAGAAGAAUUUGAGGGACAUUUCAUGAGCAGGACUCGAUUCACCCGAGAGCCUAUCAGCAUUACCCUGGCAGUCUUGUUAGGAGCAGGAGUAUUGGCAGGGGUUGGGACUGGGGCUGCAGCUCUGAUUGAGGGCCCUCGACAGCUAGGGAUUCUGGAGACUGCAAUCCAACAAGACCUAAGAGCAAUAUAAACCUCUGUAACUGCUUUAGAAAAAUCCCUAACCUCCUUAUCAGAGGUUGUUUUGCAGAAUAGACGAGGUCUGGACCUAUUAUUCUUGAAGGAAGGAGGACUUUGUGCGGCCUUAAAGGAAAACUGUUGCUUUUACACAGAUCACACAGGGGUAGUAAGGGAGUCUAUGACAAAGCUUAGAGAAAGACUGGAUGCAAGGGAAAAAUUCCCUGUGAGGCUCCCAAAGUUGGUUUGAAAGCUGGUAUAAUAAAUCCCCUUGGCUAACUACUAUAUUAUCUACUGUAGCUGGCCCCUUGAUUAUAUUACUGUUAAUUUUAACAUUUGGACCCUGCAUAUUUAACAAAUUAAUGCAAUUUAUGAAAGAAAGACUGUCCGUAAUCCAAACUAUGGUCCUCGCACAGCAAUAUCAAGUACUCCAACAACACGCUGAGCCACCAACUGAGCAAAUGCUGAAUUCUGAGCAGAUAGAUCAAUGGAUAUAAGAUUAUAUCCGGGAUAAAGAAAAGGGGGGAAUGAAGGACUUCAAGGCCCAAGGCCCAACAUUAGGAAAUCUAACCCCUGGGCCCUGAAGCUGCAAGAUGCUCCCUUAUACAACCCCCAUGUCAAGACCCCUCCAGCAGCACGUAGCAUUUCAAGUCCUGCACAAUGCUACCACAAGAUGUUCCAUAUAGAUAACCCUAACGGUCAAACUUGAGGAUGCAGGUUUAAAAACAGGAACUAAAAGGAUAGGAUGCAGGUUUAAAAUAGGAAUUAAAAAGACAGGAUGCCAUUCUAUGGUUUUCCCAAGAACAAUAAGUUGAAAAACAAGUUUACCCCCUAGGUGACCCACUGACUGGAUUCAGAAGGUCCAACAGGAAGACUGUCGCUGUGCUAUGCUAAGAACUAACCCACUUAUUCCCUAUAAAAGAUCUGUGCCCCA